AACUGACUAUAAAGUUCCACUGGAUCAACGCCGCCGGUGGCGCCAGAGUUUUGAAUAGCGUUUCCCGGGUUGGCAUCCUGGUCCUCUGCGAGUCGUUUGGAGUGCUAGAACAUGAUGACCGUCCCCUCCGCGGAGGAACUGGAUUCCUUCAAAUACAGCGACCUGCAGAACUUGGCCAAGAGGCUGGGCCUCCGGGCUAACCUGAGGGCAGACAAGCUGUUAAAGGCUUUGAAAACCCACCUUAAACAGGAAGCAAAAAAAGAAAAUAUGAGUCAGAAUGAAAGUCAUGCUUUUACACCCUCCUGUGAGGAGACUGAGGUACAGAUUGACAGUGAGGAACAAGCUGCGGUGGAGCCAGUGGACCACAUCACCAAAACAAGGAGGCGGGGCAAGACAGUCCAGGGGGACCCUGCCUCCCAGCAGGAUCAUUCUGAGGUUACCCUAAGUCAUCUCACCGAAUUGGAGAAUCAAGAAGGGCAGGAAAACUGGGAUCUCAGAAGUACUGGAAAAAUUCCUCCUCUACCAGACGAGAGCCGUGGAGAUGAGCAUGCAGUUUCCUCAGAAAAAAAUAAAAUAAAUGAUGAUGAAGAUUCAAAGGAACCUUCAAAAAGAAAUUCUCAGUGUACAGAUGGGUUUUCCAAACUUGGGAACAGGAAAAGAACUGCAGUCACUACUCCAAACUUUAAAAAGCUCCAUGAGGCUCAUUUUAAGGAAAUGGAGUCCAUUGAUGAAUAUAUUAAGAGAAGAAAGAAACUCCACUCAUCUCAUGAACUGAAGAAGCAGCCUGGCAGUCAGCGAGGCGUAAUGACACCCAGACCUCCAAGAGGAAGGCUCUCUGCAGCUUGCACUCCUGCCAGCCAGCGGCGCUCACAAGGCCAGGCCCAAGGCCCUGCGAGGCGGAGCAUUGUGAGUCUGAAAGGAUCGGUCAAGCGCUCCGGUCUCUCAGGGACGAAAAUGAAUGUCAAGUUUUCAGCUGCUACUAAAGAUAAUGAGCAUAAGCGUUCACUAACCAAGACUCCAGCCAGAAAGUCUCCACAUGUGACCAUGUCUGGGAACACCCCAAAAGGCCAGGCUGUGUUCAGGACACCCACGUUAAAAACCACCAAGGGGAAUUCUGCUGCUGCUGUGAUUACUCCAUUCAAGCUGGCAGCCAUGACAACGCAGACUCCUGUCUCCAAUAAGAAACCAGUAUUUGAUCUCAAAGCAAGUUUGUCUCGUCCCCUCAACUACGAGCCACACAGAGGCAAGCUAAAACCAUGGGGGCAAUCUAAAGAAAAUAAUUCUCUGAAUGAACAUGUGAGCAGAGUGAGUUUCCAUAAGAAAGCUUACAAGCAACCUCCUCUCCAGACCAGGGAAGAGCAACGGAGGAAACAUGACCAAGAACGGAAGGAGAAAAAAGCCAAGGUUCUAGGAGCUCGCAGGGGCCUCAUCAUGGUUAAAGAUAAAUGAUUUUUAAACUCCUGUAAAUAUUUCUUCAUUCUGAAUUCACUUUCCUUCUGUAAAUAUUUCUAUACUGUCCUCCCCAUUUUUCUACAGAUAAAUUGUUAAUUAUCUAUGUAGUGUCUGUGAGUUCAUGUGCCGCAGCUCUGAGAGGCGCUAUCUUAAAGCUCAUAAAUUCUUUGGAAUGGCUUUAAACUAAGUCUCUGUACAGCUCAAUUUUCUGAUGAGACCCAUCCCAAAUUCUUAACCUGGAUCUGUAAUGUCAAUGUCCUUCUGCUUGCUAGUGCUAAUAUUAACAGACUUGUAGUCCUCUUCCGGGCAAGAGCACUUACCCAAGGGCAGCGGAUUGUACCACAAGCUUCAACUGAAUUUGAGCAAUGAAAAGUUAAUAGGGAAAGGUGGGAUAGGAAGGCCACCCCUUCAUCCUCUGAAGAAGCUACUAAUUUUUUUUUUUUUUUUUUUUUUUUUUGGUACUAGGGAUUGAAUUUAGGACCCUACACUUGCAGGACAGGCAUGGUACCAUUGAGCUAAAUCCCCAGCCCAGAAGUUACUAAUCUUAAUGAGCUGGGCCAGUGGUUUGGAUAUAGCAUCAGUAUUUCGCUUAUGUGAAAAAUGUUUUAUUUAGGCACAUAAACACCUUUGUUCAUAUCUCUUCAUGUAACUGCCAUUUGUUACUUGCUAUAUUCUUAAAAAUAAAAUUCUACAGCUGA